AACACUCAUUUUUUUUAAUCAAAGUCCAUUUUGGUUUGGUUACCAUUUUAUUGUUCUAUUGAAUUGCAUAACAAUUUUAUCAUCAUUUCUCUUGUUUGACAGACUAAUUUUGAAGGUACCAGUGAGUUUACAACAACCAAAAAAAAAAUGUUAGUGGAGGAAUCAAUAUACAAUAAUUGAAUAAAAAAUGUACUUAAUUAGGUAAAAUAUUAGAUUCUUUUAACUAAAAAAAAUACGGUACUAGAAUCUCAACUUUUUUCCCCCUAUAAUAUAUGGAAAAAUAUUGAAAGAACAGCUGGCAAUGUACUAUACUACAGCCGGCAAUUUUUAAUUUGACAGCAAUAGAUGACGUGGAUUCCCUAAAACCCCAAUCAAUCAUUGAGCUUUCUCUUUUUGGCUCAAACCCUACCUCCUGCCUAGGGCGGACCUAGAGAUUGUCGAGGGUUCAUUCAAAAAAAAAUUAUGCUAUAUAUUUAAAAUAUUUUAAAAAGUUUUUAUGUUUAUAGAUUAGUUUUCGACUUCCUAAACGUAAGAUUAAAAAUUGGUUGAAAGGCUCAGCACUUACAUCAGGGUUUAAGUACAAAUUUUUUAAGAUAUUUAUUUAUUUUUUCGAAAUGAAAAUUCUGGCCCCGCCUUUGAACUCCCGCCUUGUCACUACUUCUAUAUAUGCUUCAAAAUCUCUCUCAAAAGCCUCAAAAACAAACUUUUUUUGUGUGGAGCACACAAAUUAAAUAAAACUAUCAUUUUUGUCUCUAUCUAUCUCGUUUGAUAUCAAUCUAUGUAUUAAAUUCAUUGAUAAACUCUGUUUUUCUUGUUUCUAUUGAGAUUUGAGAUAGAGGAAGUGUUGAAAUUUUCGUAAUUUUUUUCUUUAUGGAUACGUAUAUUGUUCAUGAGGUAAAAAGCGAGUGGGAGAAGGAUUCGUUAUAAGUUGAGUAAACAUCAAAUCUGAUAAGAAGAAGAAAAAGCAAUAAUUAUAAUUUUUGCGAACUUCGCUGCAUAAAUUUACAUCUUCAUUUCCGUAUUUGCUUGAUUGACGAAUAACGAUGUCGAUAAUCAGUGAAACAGUUAUGAUGAAAGCGGCAGAAGCACAAACAGUUAAAGCAAAACUUACAGCGCCGAUGGAGGUUGAUUUCGCCAAAUGCGAGUGCUGCGGAUUGACGGAGGAAUGUACUCUGUCGUAUAUAGAAACAAUCCGGCAGCGGUACCAAGGGAAUUGGAUUUGUGGAUUGUGUGCGGAGGCUAUCAAGGACGAGGUGAUUCGAUGUGAGAGGUUGAUUACUGCGGAAGAGGCAUUGAAUCGUCAUCUCAAUUUCUGUAAGAACUUCAGUUCGUCUCGUCCGCCAUUGAAUCCGACUGUUCAUUUAAUCGAUGCGAUGAGGCAGAUUUUGAGGCGGAGUUUUGAAUCUCCGAAAUUGAUUCGGUCGAUGUCUAGUAGUCCGGUGGAGAGUAGCGGAGAGAUGAAGCACACGGUGAUUGUUCGAUCGGAAAGUUGUAUUCCUGCAAUUUCUCUAGUGGAUUCGAGUUCGUUUCAUGCUAUGGGAUUCGAUGGAAGUUGUGAAUGAAACAGAACAGAGCAAAUUGGGAGUUUUUGUUUUAUGGAAUGGAAUAGUACUUGCUCUAAAAGGAUUUAAACUGUUGGUCAUGCUUUUUCAAUGGUUAUAUUUACUACUUUUUCCAACAGGUUUUUGCAGUUUUGAUUAGUUUUCCUUAUGUAUCAUGUAAAUAUUUAUUUAUGCGAAACCAUCUUUUAGCUAAGCUAUAAUCUUGAAAUUUGGGUGGUUCUAAUGUAUAAACGAGUUGUGCCGAUGCAACAAUGAAGAGGCGUGACUCGUGAGAGAUCGACAUGACAAAACGUUCUUGAUAAGACCUUGAUAGAAAGGUUUGAAGGUCGAGGAUUAUGAUAAAUUGUUAAGCAGGUAGGCCCAUGUUGUAACACCUUUUUGUAGGAGAGACGGAGCUUGUCCUCUCUUCUUCUUUUCUCUUUAUUAAUGUUUAGUACUUGCAUAGUAUCUUGUAGUUCGUGUUCUAUUGUUAGCUAUUGCUUUGGGUUAAGAUUUACAUAUAGUUUGUUCUCUCCUAACACGAGAUAUAUUGUUGUAAAAAUCUUGGUUCUAUUA